AUGGUGCCGAGCAUCCUUCAAAACACGAGCAGUAGACCUGAAACGCGGAAUUCCUUCAAUCCAGAAACAUCCCUUCAGGCCGAAACCUCUUCUCUGUUCCAGCGAAAGGCAAAAACUAAUGGCCAACAAGAAUCCUCAAGCAAAGAUAAUUUUGCUAAUGGAAAAGCCAAAGGCAAUGCAAAGGAUGUCAUGAACAGGAUUGGGCUAGCAGUCCAAGGAGAUAUUGAACCUCAUUGUAUUCAUGAGGAGGAACAAAACAAGGAAGUGGUUAAUCACCAGCUUGUUUGCUUAGAGUCUUCUUCAGAAGUUGAUCUAGUCAUGGCUGAAGUUAAUCCAGAGAUGAUGAUUAUUAAGCAGCAGUCUCUCUUACAACCCAAUGAAGUAAGGAAAAGUUCAACCAAGGUUAAAGGUCGGAAAAGAGGGAAAGAGCAAGAAGGCAGACUCAUUAGAAAUCCAUCUCCUAAAAAAGAUGCCAGCCUUCAAGUGUCACUAAAAAGGGCCAGAACCUAG